AUGCUUUCGUCAUCCAAUCUCCUCUCCCUUCCCGUCUCUGUCCUCUCACUAGUCAUUUCCCAAGCAUUUCUCUCAAUAGCUUCAAACCACCCUCCAGCCGCCUCCCCCAAAGCAAAGACUGAUCUGAUAUGCCACACCUCCAAUCCAGCGGAAUGCUACCCCACCGUCUUUUCCCCAACAAAAGAUUUUCAAGUCAUUCGCGACGACCAAUCCAUCCCUCCCGGCCUCCACGUUCGCAUGAACCUCGCUACAGGCCUGAAAGAAGCACGCCUCAAUAUCCCACUUGAUGACGAAGACGACGACCAAGGAGCUAUCGUAGUGAUUGACAACGGUCCCAAGGAGGAUGAGUCUUUCCGGCCAGUACAAGAGCCUCUCCACCUCCAAGAUUCCCAACACCCUCUUCACGCCUUAGACUCCACCUCCCCACCAGACGCCCAAGCCAAGCAUCCCAUCGACUCCCAAACCUUCGCCACACUCCUCGCUAGCCUUAACGACGACUCUCACUCCUCCACCCCGAACUCUCUUUUCACAAUACUCACCGCCUUAACAGACCUCGCCCACGACAUGGAGUAUGGCCUCCACCUCGCCUCCUCCCGCCCCUCCAUAGCUCGCAUAAUGCAACUCAUCGACAGCGUAGGCUCCCACUCUCUGCCCGUCCGAUCAGCAGCCUCCUCUCUCCUCGCCACGGCGCUCCAAAAUAACGACAAGGCGCUGGAAGCCUUGCUCGCACAUACUGGAUCGGCUGUCACGCCCGUCGUUGCCGCUUUAUACGAGACUCAGGCUGUGGAGAAGAUGGACGAAGAGGAGGCACAUUUCACCAAUCGUUUGGUGUUUCUGUUGGCGCAGCUGUGCGAGGAUGCUGGUGAGCGGGAGGAGUUUGUGAAGGAGGGAGGCGUGGACGCCUUAGCCGGCGUGCUUGAUAAGGCGGGUCAUGGAGGCAAGGAAGGGCAGUUUGAGAAGGUAGUUGCGAGGGUCGCAAACUUUGUGGGCGAUUUUGCGGAGAGGAUUGGGAGGGAGGUUGGUAGUGAGGAGUGGGGAAAGAUGUGUGCAGCGCUGAGGGGCAGUGUGCUUGGAAAGUACGAAAGGGGUAGUGUGAUUUAUGAGAGCGCUUUAGAGGCUGAGAGGGCGUUGGAGGUGGUCUUGGGAGGACGGUGUGAGUGA